UAGUAACUCAAUAUUUCUCAUAAAAUGCGCAGUGUUGUUGCUGUUCUAAAAACUGGUUUUAGUGGAUUACAAUGUCCACCAACGAUCAGACGGAAUAUCGGGUAUUAUAGUUAUCAACAGGUGCGCUAUGUGUCACUGUCUUCCAACAUUGUUUGCUGGAACUGCCAAAAGCCUGGAAAGCAAAUGAUAUGUGAGGAUUGUGGAAGCUUACAGGAUGUGGAUGAUAAAAUUAACUACUUUGAUUUAUUGGAAUUUCCUAAAACAUUUGCCGUGCAUUCUCAAGAGCUGACGCAGCGGUUUCGUCAGCUUCAAACACAUGUGCAUCCGGAUAAAUACAGCAACAAAACCUCACGGGAGCAGACGAAUUCCGCGGAUUGGAGUUCACUGAUAAACAAGGCCUACAAGACGUUAUCAGCGCCCGUGGAACGUGGCCAGUAUAUGUUGCAGCUGGAGGGUGAGGAGAUGCCAAAAGACAACAGUGCAUUAAAUACAACAUUUCUCAUUGCCAUGAUGGAACGCAACGAGGAGGUGGAGGAGGCGGAAGACAGCGCUGCCUUGGAACAGCUAAAUACGGUCAUAGCCAAGGAACUGGAAACAAAUGCACUGCAGCUUUCCACACAUUUCCAGGCAAACGACUUGGCUGCAGUGAAGGCAACACUUGUGGAAAUGAAAUAUCUGCAUAGCAUACAAAGCAGCAUCAAAAGGAAACAACAACUACUGAUGUCCCUCUGAAUUAGGGAUGAGUUGAGUUGAUCGGUCAUCGAUAGGUGCGAGCAACGCUAAGUUGGCUGCGCCAGUGGACAGUGGACGAUAAAACAGCUGAUAACAGUGCGAGCGACCAAAAGGGUUUCCAGUGAUGAUCGAUUAAAAAAUAUGUGUGUGUGAUGAAAAAUCACAGGUGUCGUUGACAAGCUGCUGUUAAUUAUUGUUGUAAAUUACUUGCGGUCGUAAAGUGCAAAUGGCAAAACGUAAUGUACAAAACGA